CCAGCGGUGACAGCGCGCGCGUCUCUCACAGCGGAAAACUAGUGCACUGCAGCUGAACAGCGCAUUCGGUGAGAGGUCGGUAAAGCAGUCGAGUCUGCUCGUCGGCGAACCUCUCCCUCACUCGAAUCCGUGUCCACGUUGAAGUUUUGUCCUCAAAAAUCCCGCAAGUCGAAGGCACAGGAGAAUAAUCGUAGUGCUGGACACAAAGCUCGGAUAUCGCCGCGAACGCUGAGGGCAGAGAAAUGGCAACGACAACUUGCACGCGCUUUACCGACGAGUACCAGCUGUAUGAAGAACUUGGAAAGGGGGCCUUCUCUGUCGUGAGACGUUGUGUCAAACUGUGCACGGGCCAAGAGUAUGCUGCCAAAAUCAUCAACACCAAAAAGCUCUCUGCAAGAGAUCACCAGAAGCUGGAACGGGAAGCCCGUAUCUGCCGUCUACUCAAGCAUCCCAAUAUUGUGCGACUCCAUGACAGUAUAUCAGAGGAAGGCUUCCAUUACCUCUUAUUUGACCUUGUUACGGGCGGAGAACUGUUUGAAGACAUCGUAGCCAGAGAAUAUUACAGUGAAGCUGACGCCAGUCAUUGUAUCCAUCAGAUUCUAGAGAGUGUCAAUCACAUUCACCAUCAUGACAUAGUGCACAGGGAUCUGAAGCCGGAGAACCUGCUCUUGGCCAGUAAAUGCAAGAAUGCCGCUGUCAAGCUGGCCGACUUUGGCCUGGCCAUUGAAGUGCAAGGGGACCAGCAGGCCUGGUUUGGGUUCGCUGGAACACCGGGUUACCUUUCCCCCGAAGUGCUACGAAAGGAGGCUUAUGGGAAACCUGUGGACAUUUGGGCAUGUGGAGUCAUCCUUUAUAUUCUGCUGGUGGGAUAUCCUCCGUUUUGGGAUGAAGACCAGCACAAACUCUACCAACAGAUCAAAGCUGGGGCUUAUGACUUCCCCUCGCCAGAGUGGGACACGGUCACCCCUGAAGCCAAAAACCUCAUCAAUCAGAUGUUGACCAUCAAUCCAGCCAAGAGAAUCACGGCCCAGGAGGCUCUGAAACACCCGUGGGUCUGUCAACGCUCCACUGUGGCGUCCAUGAUGCACAGACAGGAAACAGUCGAGUGUCUGAAGAAGUUCAACGCAAGAAGGAAACUCAAGGGAGCGAUAUUGACCACCAUGCUGGUGUCGCGCAAUUUCUCUGUGGGCAGGCAGACCACGGCACCCGCCACCGUCUCUGCAGCGGCCGGUACCACCGCCGGUCUGGUGGAACAAGCAGCCAAGAGCCUGCUCAACAAGAAGGCCGAUGUCAAGAAACGGAAAUCCAGCUCCACCGUUCAGUACAUGCCACAGUCAAACAGUGCCAAAAACAGCAUAGUCACCAGUCCCAAAGGAAACGUCCCUUCUCCUGCUCUGGAGCCUCAGACCACUGUUAUCCAUAACCCAGUGGAUGGGAUCAAGGAAUCUUCAGACAGCAGCAACACCACCAUUGAGGAUGAAGACGUCAAAGCACGCAAACAGGAAAUCAUCAAGAUCACGGAGCAGCUGAUAGAAGCCAUCAAUAAUGGGGACUUUGAUGCUUAUGCGAAAAUCUGUGACCCUGGACUGACAUCAUUUGAACCCGAGGCUUUGGGGAACCUGGUUGAGGGAAUGGACUUCCAUAGAUUCUACUUUGAGAACUUGCUUUCUAAGAACAGCAAGCCCAUCCACACCACCAUCCUGAACCCUCACGUGCACCUGAUCGGAGAAGACGCCGCCUGCAUUGCUUACAUCCGCCUCACUCAGUUUGUGGACGGGCAGGGCCGGCCGCGCAGCAGCCAGUCAGAGGAGACUCGCGUGUGGCACCGCCGGGACUCCAAAUGGCAGAAUGUUCAUUUCCACUGCUCCGGUGCACCGGCUGCCCCUCUCCAGUGAAGAGCAGCCCUGCAACCGAUACAUUAGAUGCGAGUGUCCUUCACGGAGGUGAAGGACAGGGAGGACUGAUAGGACGGCAGCAGAGGUCCAGCGUCGGAGCGCUCCGAAUCCUCCAGCCUUCCAACGCUGGACACAGCCGUCCUCCCCUGCAUGCAAACCCAAAGUUAUCUCUCUACCUGCUGGGCUGCUCUCAACACAGCGUCCAGAACCCCCCUCACCUCUGACUCCGCCCAGCACGCUCCCGACCAACCCUCUUUAUGCCAAGACUCACCACCGACGCAAGAGCAGCACCACAUAUAUUAAUCUUCUUCAAGAGCGAUCAUAGACUAGAGUUCUAAUAACCCGCACGAUUGCCUUCUUAUCCACGGCCCUUUAUGCUCGUCUUCACUGGCCUUAUGCCCCCUGUGCCCAGGUACUCCCAAAUACAUUAGAUCACGUUUUAAUAAAAAUAUCAUUAUUAUUA